AUGGUUUUUCCUGAUGUCUCGUCCAAUGUAAUCUUGUCCGAAUAUGAACAAUGUAAUGCACCAUUAGGUAUGGAAUCAGGUUCAAUUGGUGAUAGUGAUUUGACCUCGAGUUCAACUCACGACUUGAGUAGUGUGGGUCCUCAAAUGGCAAGAAUUCGAACUGAAUUAGAAGGAGGAGCAUGGUGUCCAGAUAAACCCAUUGGACCAAAAUCAUAUGAAUAUGUUCAAAUAGAAUUACAUAAAUUAUAUUUUAUAAAUGCUAUUGAAACUCAAGGUCGCUUUGAUAAUGGACAGGGCAAUGAGUAUGCAGAAUAUUAUCAAAUUGAAUAUCAACGAGAAAAUAAUUCAUCUAAUUGGAUAACAUAUAAUAAUAAAAAGACAAAUAAAACAGUCUUGAAAGGAAACAUCAAUACAUAUUUAGCAGAAAAACGAUUCCUUCUAUCACCCAUUAUAGCAAAACGUAUUCGAAUUAUACCUUAUAGUUCACGUUGGCGUACUGUUUGUAUGCGAGUUGAACUUUAUGGAUGUGCAUUCAUUGGUGGUAUUGUAUCAUAUACAACGUCACCAAGUAUAGAUAAAGAUAAUGUAUAUGAUGGUGGAGUCGGAAAAUUAAUCGAUGGAAUUAUUGGAGAUAAUGAAGAUAGUAGACUUUCUUGGAAUAAAUCUCCAGUUUUAGUUCAAUUUCAUUUUGAUACAUACUAUCAUUUUAAAACUAUUCGAAUCUAUUCAGUUAACAAUAAAUAUCGUUCAGUUCAAAUUAAAAUUGAUAAUAAUUUACCAAUGAGACACAAGCUAUCAACAUCACUAUCAAAAACAUUUGCUGAUACAAUUCAUUUAAAUCAAUCUAAAAUAGUAAAUAUAGGAAAACGUGUCGAACUUUUAUUUGAAUUCGAUAAUGGACUUCUUUCUUUAACUGAAAUUACAUUUGACAAUGAACCAACAAUAUUGUACAGUACAACAUCAACCAGUGUGACUACAACUAAUUGUCCGCUGGCGUGUUCAGCAUUGAAUAAUAAAAUAACAUUAUUGUCAUCAUCAUCAUCAUCAUCAUCAUCGUCAUUGUCAUUGUCAUCGUCAUCAUCAUCAUCAACUAUAAUACCAUUGGAAUGGUUAACAAUUUUAAUAUUCUCAACUCUUUCUCUUUGCUUUAUUCUUUUAUUUACUCUCGUUAUAAUUCGUAUUCGUAAUUGUCAUUUACGUAAAAAUAGUAAUCCUUAUUAUAAAUGUUCUCGAUUAACAAGCACAGCAAAUGGUUCAUCAGUUGAAAACAAUCAGAAUCAAUCAACUAGAAAAAUAAAUUAUGACGAUUUGACAUCAAUAGGUUCAUACAUAUAUCCAAUAACGUCAACAACAUCAUUAUUACAUACGAGUUCACCAUCAUCAUUAUUUAAAAGUGAACAAUAUGCUAUUAUUGAUGCAAACUCAUACGCGCAUUGUUCAACGAAUAACACAUUUCAUUAUGCGUCGUCUGAUAUUGGACAAAUGUCUUCAAAACUAGUGAAUUUAUUUAAUUGCAGUGCUAUACAAGAAGUUGUUCCUUCGAAAUAUGAUUAUUCACUUCCGUCUUGUGUUGAUCAAUCAAAACUAUUUUCAGUAUGUAAAAUAUCUGAAUCUAACUAUGGAGAAAUUUUCAAAGGAAAAUAUUCAUUGGAUAAUCAAUCGAAAUCUGUGUUAAUUAAAAUAAUAAAAAGUGAUAUGACUGAUUCAACAAAACAAAGAUUUUUAUCAGAACUCGGCAUUUUAUCUCGUUUGAAUCAUAUUAAUAUUGCAUGUGUAUGUGCAGUACAACUUGAUUUACUCUAUUUUGUCCAAGAACACUCAGAUUUCGGUACUUUGCAACAUUAUUAUCAUAAAAAAAUCAAUGAUUUAACAUUUCAAAAAAUGAAUAUUUAUUUUUCUCAUCAAUUAUCAAAUGCUCUGGAAUAUUUAUCUCAUUUAAAUAUAAUUCAUAAUGAUAUAGCAGCAAGAAAUUGUCUCUUCUAUUCCGAUUAUACCAUUAAAUUGACUGAUUGUGCGAUGGCUUUAUCACAAUAUGAACAUGAAUAUUGGUUGUCGAAUAAUGGUGAUAAAAUUCCAUUGAGAUGGAUUGCACCAGAAGCUCUAAUAAAUAAUUCAACAUUAAAAUCAGAUAUUUAUUCAUUUGCUGUAACAUUAUGGGAACUUUGGUCUCGAUGUUCAUAUUUGCCACAUGCAUCAUUAACAAAUGAAGAACUUUAUCAAUAUCUUGUCUUUCGACAAUCAUCGAACCGAAUAGAAACUCUAAAUGAAUCUAUAAUUCGUUUAUCUCAGCCAGUUGAUUGUUCAAAAGAAAUUUAUGAUUUACUAUGUGAAUGUUGGCAUAUUGAUGGAACAAAACGUCCGAAUAUAUCAGAUAUUGCACUUUAUUUUACACGACAAAUUAAUAGUUUAUCAUAA